GCCAAUCGCCUCGCGCCUUCUUGCCCUGUGGCUCCGCCUCUCGCGUCGGCGAAGGACAAAGUCACCGCGCCGGGCCUGCGGUCAGCCUCUGCACCCAGCUGCGGCCGGAGCAGCGCUGCGCGCCCGCCGCCAUCUUAGGAGGUCGCCAUGUUCUCGUCCAUCGCGCCCCUCGCGCGGCUCAACCCCUUCUACGCUCCGCACUUCCAGCUGUGCCAGGAUGGGCUGAGGAGGCGCGCCGAACCGGCCGAGGCGCCCACCACGCGGCGGGGCCUGGCGGCCGCGUCCGCUACCGAAGAAUACAGUUGUGAAUAUGGCUCGCUCAAGUUUUAUGCUCUUUGUGGCGUUGGUGGGGUCCUAAGUUGUGGCCUGACACACACUGCUGUCGUACCUCUGGAUUUAGUGAAAUGUCGUAUGCAGGUUGAUCCACAAAAGUACAAGAGCAUCUUCAAUGGAUUUUCAGUGACAAUCAAAGAAGAUGGAUUUCGUGGCUUGGCUAAGGGAUGGGCUCCAACUUUUAUUGGAUACUCCUUGCAGGGGCUUUGUAAAUUUGGUUUCUAUGAAGUUUUCAAAAUCUUGUAUGGCAACAUGCUGGGAGAGGAAAAUGCCUAUUUGUGGCGUACUUCGUUAUAUUUAGCUGCAUCUGCCAGUGCAGAGUUUUUUGCUGACAUUGCUCUGGCUCCAAUGGAAGCUGCUAAAGUUCGCAUUCAGACACAGCCUGGAUACGCUAACACUCUGCGGCAAGCGGUACCUAAAAUGUUUGGAGAAGAAGGCAUUUGGGCUUUCUAUAAAGGCGUUGCUCCGCUAUGGAUGAGACAGAUUCCAUACACAAUGAUGAAAUUUGCCUGCUUUGAACGUACUGUUGAAGCUCUCUACAAGUAUGUUGUUCCCAAGCCACGAAGUGAAUGUUCAAAAGGAGAACAGCUGGUAGUCACAUUUAUUGCAGGCUAUAUUGCUGGUGUGUUCUGUGCAAUCGUUUCUCAUCCUGCUGACUCCGUGGUAUCUGUGUUGAACAAGGAAAAAGGCAGUUCUGCCUCACAGGUUCUUAAGAGGCUUGGAUUCAGAGGUGUCUGGAAAGGUCUGUUUGCUCGUAUCAUCAUGAUUGGUACCCUGACUGCGCUACAGUGGUUCAUCUACGAUUCUGUGAAGGUUUAUUUCAGACUUCCUCGUCCACCUCCACCUGAAAUGCCAGAAUCUCUGAAGAAGAAGCUUGGUUUAAUUCAGUAGACACCUCAUGGACUGACUUCGCUGGCUGUCCAGUGAUGAGUUUCAUGAAACUUUUAUAUAUUUGACUAUGUGGAAAACAAACUCUAUAUGGUGUUAUUAUUGGCUGUACCCUCAUCCCACAUGAGGGUUUAAAUUCUACCACUGUCAUUGCCUGAAAUAAAUGAGAAACAGAGUGCUUAGUGUCUGUUUACUACUGCAUAUAUGAGCUUCAUUUCACAGCAGCAAAUGCCUCAGAUACUUCCCAAAAUGAAAAAUAAAAAAUAGGCCUUUCUGCACUUCAAGAAUUAGAAUUGUGAAACGGCAGCAGCAAAAUAGGCUUUCAUUGUUCCCAGAGUAGGGCCAAGGAACCCCAUGCAGUAUUGCAGAAACUUACUGCAGCUAUAUGCUUUUUUCCAGUCCUGUUUCACCAGCUGUUUCUGUAAAACAGAUUAAUUGCAGUGAUUGAGAUAAAAACGCAGUCUGAUAGGACAUCCCAGUUACAGCAUCUGUGUUCUCCAUAGAUUUGAGGGAGAAUCUUACACUACUCAGAACUCUGCAUUGGAGUAGUCACUGCAAUGCAAAUUAUGCUUACUUGACUAAUUUCUGCUUCUCUUGGCUUUGAACUGCACCAAAGAUGUUGUUUUGGCUGUACUGUGGAAUUAAAUUGCAGCAGCUACUUUAACAAGAGCAAAGCUGAUGUAAUAAAGUUUCUCAGAAAUAUUCAACUACUAAAAGAUAAUUAAAAAUGGCUUGUUUCUUCUUGGAGGGAUUGAACAUGCCAACUUUUUCUUAACUUUGGUAUUUCUGUAGUUUGAUUUACACUCCUGUGUCCCCCUGCCUUUUUUUUCACUUAAUUAUGUUAAUACUGAGUUUUGGUUAAACCAUACAUUUCUGAAUGCCUGAUUUUGAACCUUAAUGAUUUGAGGAAAUCUUAAGCUUGUAGGCAUGCAAGGAGAGAAUCCUGAAAAUAUUUUAUUAAGGCAAUGAAUUUUGUUUGUUUCCAGUAUUUAAUGUAAGAGAUGAGCAUGCUGCCUUUUGAGUUUCAGCUGUACAAGAGGCAACAGUCGAAUCGCACUAAGUAAAAUUCAGAACAUGCCUAAUAGUGUAUUAAGGGUUCAUCACCUCCAGCAUUACUUUGUUCACUUAGUAGAGCUGGAGCAUGUGUCCUUUUUGCAGAACUUCCAUAUGUUGCCUUUCAGCAUUCAAGCUGGUGAUGAACAGUCUGCUCUGUUGGAGUAGCGUAAAUAGAUUGACCACAUCAUCCUAUUGAGGUCUAAUAUUUCUGCUACUAUUUUACAUAGCAUUGAGAUCCCUGCUACUUCGAAAAAGGCCCUCUGACUUUCCAAGAUUUUUGGAUGGUUAUGCUAAACAAGUAAGUUAGCCUUUAUUUCCUUUCUAAAUGAGGAGUAAAAUCUAAAACAGAUUCCCUUUUCCAAUGACACUAAACAUACAUUCUUACAGUGGUUGGUAGCUAACAGCAUUAUACUGCAAAGCCCAAUUCCCUAAGUCUAAAUAAAACACUUGUGUGAAGUACUUUGGGUUGAAUUUCAGGGAUAAAAGCACAUACAUCUUGUUGCCCCUGUUGCUGGUAGGAAGCUUUGAAGCUAUUUAACAAAACCUGCUUCUAAGAGUUUUUUGGAGGAGAGCAUUAACUACAACCUUGAUCUUACAUCAAGACCACCGAUGCUAAGUAAUUUUAGAAAUUGCCUUUUGUAUGUGGUUCGACUUAACUGGUAAA